AAAAUUAUUAAAAUUAAUUUGUGUAGUGCAAAAAUUUUUUAAUAAAAUUUAUUGAAACAAUCAAAGUGUGAAUAAAAGAAAAUUAAAAUGGAACCAACAACAAUAGUGGAUUACCUUUACGAAACUAGCACCUUCGCGCCACAGCCCACAUUUGUUGACGACACCACCGACAUUACCAAUACCCCUUUCGCCAACGAAUUAGCGGCACUCACGCCACAAAACAUAGUCGACCGUCUGUUACAUUCUGGCGAGCAACUGACACACAACCAAAUCACAUUCGAGAUACCAUCACAUCACGAUCUCGAGCAUAUCAACACGUUGCACACGUUCAAUACGCUGCUGCAGCGCAUCGGCAAUGUGGCAUACGAUACUGUUGCUUCCGCCAGUGCACAGAGAAGCCCCGACGAGGGGCAUCCGUUUGGUGUGGAUGCGACGGGUCAACGCAUCACCAGUGAACAAAUCUCCAACAGCGCCGUGUUGAACUUGGCCGACCUGAAGAAUGGCGAGCGGGGUAGCGUGGGUGGCAGCUUCUUGGAAGACUUCUUGGGCGAUGCUGAUAUGCACAUGAUAAUCAAUUAUUUAUGGAUUGGGGUUGUCACUGCGUUGGUGGUGCUGUCCGUGAUUUUCAUUGUAUUCUCCUGCUACUUUUAUCGCAAAUUCAGGCAAUGGAAGAAAUGCAACAAGGAUAUACGGAAUCACUUGAAUAACGGUAUGUACGCCGAUGGCCAUCUUGUCGGUUGCGAUCGUUUAAUGGACGCUCAUGGCCAACAUCCGGCAACAGCUGCUGCAACAGCCUAUUACCAGCAAAUGGAAUCGCCACCCUGCUACACCAUUGCCACCGGCCUGCCGACCUACAACGAGGCAUUGCAUCAUCAUCAACAUUUCUCCUACGGCAUGAAAUUUAUGUACCCUUCCAUUACGGCUGUGCAUCAUCAUCCGGUUAUUGCUGGUGUUUAUACCACCAACGGCAACAAUAGCAACAGCAACAACAACAAAAGCGACAUCAUGUUGAAGCAGCAAAGUGGCGGGCACUGGCAGCAGCAGCAACAGCAGCUAAUGAAACAGAAAUCAUACAAAGUGUCACCAUCAUUUACAGCAGCUGAAGCGGAUAUGGAGCUGGAGAGAGAGGAGGCUUUGGAGUUGGACGUGCCGACCACCUACGACAUUGCAGAGCUUCAUGGCCUGAAUUUGCCGGCGGCGGCUAUGGGUGUAGCUGCUCCAUUGCUGGGUGUUAGUGGUGCUGGCAGCACGGCGAGCUCGCCGACGCUGGAGGAGGUGAUUACCAUACGUCUGGAUGAGAUGACACCAACAGCUACGCUGGCGGCUAAGCCAACAGCGUCGAGAAGACCGAGAAUAUUGUAUUAUAAUGAGCAGCGCCACAGCGGUGGUGAGGAGGAGCAGCAGUGCAGUGCGAUGACGAUAACGUGAUCACAUUAAGCACGCGCCAACGUUUUGACUCAACUGGUGGGCCUGACGGGGCUGGUGGGUCGACUGACUGAUGUCACAUUGUAAAUAUGGGUGUUUGUAAAUAUGCAGCCGAUGGACGUAAGAUAAAUGAAUGAGCUGCCCACAGCGAGUAAAAUUUCACAAUCGAGCAAAGAUACUAAUUAACGUAAUGGCAUUUCGAAUGAGUCUGUAAAUCGCAUCAUUAGUUAUUUCACAUUGAAAGAUAAAGAUUUUUUUUGUUUUUUGUUUUUUUUUUUAUUACGCACUAUCAUCGUUUCCUACA